AUUACGCCGCUAGCAGACCGAAGUUUCUGUCUUCCCAACACAGAUCUCCGGAUGGAGCCGUCAGGGUCAGGGGAGGUCUCGGGUCGGACUGCCCAGUCCGGGAGUCCGGUGGAGGGACGGGAGCUCGGCAGCGCUGGGGAGGAUGUCAGAGGGGAGCAAAGCGAGGAGCACUUCUAUGACUGCCAGGAGGUUCUGGAGCCUCCUCUCCUCUCCUUUGGCUCCUCUGGGCCGGAGGAGAGGAGAGGAGGAGGUAUAGGAGAAGACGACGAAAGCCUUCUGCCACACACACAGACUGACAGUCAGGCUGAGUCCCGGCCCGGCGGCGGUGGGGCGAGCGGCGCCCGGCCCGGCGGCGGUGGGGCGAGCGGCGCCCGGCCCGGCGGCGGUGGGGCGAGCAGCACCCAGCCCGGUGCCGGCGGGGCGAGCAGCACCCAGCCCGGCGGCGGCGGUGGGGCGAGCGGCGCCCAGGUCGCCCCGCCGGCAACGGGUGCAGAAGGUGCUGAAGGUGCGGACGAGGAGAGUUGGGGUGAGGCCACGGUGGAGGAGGCAGAUGGAGGAAUGGAUUCAGAUGUGGAAGUGAAGGAGGAGGAAAACACAGCGCCUGAGUUUGAUGACGAGUACCUGAGGGAGGCGGAGAAAGACCUGAGCGAGGAGGAGAAGGAGAGUCGCAGACUGGAGAGCUUGUCUCUGAAGGAGAGAGGAAACAACCAGUUUAAAGCUGGAGAGCACUCUGAAGCAGAGCAGAGCUACACACAGGCGUUGUGUGUGUGUCCUGUGUGUUACAGCAGAGAGAGAGCUGUCCUCUUUUCCAACCGAGCUGCAGCAAGGAUCCACCUGGAUCAUAAGGAGCCGGCCAUCGCUGACUGCAGCCGAGCCAUAGAGCUUAACCCAGACUACAUGCGUGCCAUCCUGAGGAGAGCGGAGCUUUAUGAGAAGACAGACAAACUGGAUGAAGCUCUGGAGGAUUAUAAAACUGUCCUGGAUAAAGACCCUGGAAACCACACUGCCAGAGAGGCCUGCAUGAGGUUACCUCAGCAGAUCCAUGAGAGGAAUGAAAAGUUGAAGGAGGAGAUGAUGAGUAAACUGAAGGACUUGGGCAACUUGUUCCUACGACCUUUUGGACUUUCAACCAACAACUUCCAGGUCAACCAGGACACCACCACUGGAUCGUACUCCGUCAACUUUGUCCAGAACCCCAACAACAACAACAGAUAACAAACGACAACAGGUAUCAAGCAACAACAACAGAUCUCAAACAACAAUAGGUAACAGACAAAAACAGAUAACAACAAACAACCAUGGUGACGGUGGAAACCACACCACCAGAUGAAGCCACAUCGACGACACAUGAUAUAUUCUCCUGGAAAACCGCCAUCAUAGAAAAGCCACCGUCUAAACUCCACACUUGCUUUACUGCUGCACCGCUGCUCCAGCCCAGAGACUCAGUCCCACUGAGGAACUCUGAAGUGACUCGAACUGAAUCAACUCCUUCCCUUCCGUGUUCCUCUUGUUUCUGUCUGAGAGGACACAGAAAGAGAAGAGCACCGAGCGUUUAUGAACGAAAUGAUGUAAAUGAUCAAGAGAACCACCAAGCCUGCUUCACUUCCUGUUUGAGGUCACCUCACUUCCUCCCGCUGGCUCCACAGGAAAGCUGAUCCUAUGUCCUGUUUGUCUGCCUGAUCCGGAAUGGUCUCGGAGGAAUCUGGUCUGUACUGUUCAGCCAGAAUGAGAUUCAGAUGGGUUUUGAAGGUGAAACUUGGCUCUCGGUCACAGACGAGCUUCAUUUGACAAGAAAACGUGUGCUACGAAGCAGCCUGAGAGACAGAGAGGGUUGCUGUUCUUUCUGAAUCAGUCCUAAACAGAAAGACAUUCAUCUCUCUGUCAGUGAGACAGGUGACAUGUGUGUCAGUUUGCCGUGUUACUGAACACAAUAAAAUAUGCUUG